AUGAUCCCAACGGGGGAAUCCUCAUCGUAUGCUACUAACCCAAAUGCUCACUUGGAAUCGCGUUCUGACAAGGUACAUAUCGGAGCAGGUAUUGCCGGUUUGACGCUGGCCCAGGCCCUGCGUCGUCAUGGAGUUCCUUGCACGGUGUUUGAGCGCGAUGAAUCUGCCGAGGUCCGAAAUCAGGGAUGGGGUGUUUCCAUCCACUCGACUCUGACUACGUGGGAAGCGCAUAUCCUGCCGGAGAUCUAUGACGGCGUUUGCGAGGCACAGGUGAAUCCUGCUAUCGGCCGCGAUGAAGUCCGCGGUGUGCCCUGGAUUAAUGGCGCUACUGGAAAGGUUGAGCAGUCUGUCCCGAAGAGUAAGAGGCUCAGGCUGAGACGGGAUGGAAUCCGGAAGGCUCUAAUGGAGGGUCUGGAAAUCAGGUGGGGCAAACGUCUUGUGAACAUUGUGAAGGUUGAUGGUGGUGUCCGAGCUGAGUUCACGGAUGGCUCGAGUAUUUUCGGGGAUGCCUUGGUGGGUGCAGAUGGCUCGACCUCGAUUGUGCGCAAGUUCCUCGCGCCAACAACCCACGAGCUGCACCGCCUUCCCAUCAAUGCUGUGGGCUGUGCCCUGACUAUGAGCGAGGAACAGGUCAACUACUUCAAAGACCACGUUGAUCCACUCUAUUUUAUGGGUACUCAUCCAGAAACAAAUACCUUUGUCUUCUGGUCUUUGUUGGAUACUCCUACGACUUCCGGGCAGCCUUACCGGGCUCAAGUGUACUUCUCCUGGAUUGCAUCCGAUGCCGACGACGAGCUGUUGAAACAGCCAUUGCUGGAUGUUUUCAAGCAGAAGGGCAGACAGUUCUUCCCUCGCAUGCGGGAUAUGGUCGAGGCCCUGCCUGAGGAUACCGUCAUUACCAAGGUCAACCUGGUUGACUGGCCCUCUGUUGAGUGGAACAAUUGGGACGGCACCUGCACUCUGAUCGGUGAUGCGGCUCAUUGUAUGGUGAUCUAUCGCGGCGAGGGAGUAAACCAUGCCAUUGUGGACGCCUGUCAACUCGCUCAUACUAUCAAAUCAGCUGCUGAUGGCCACAUGUCAAUCAGUGACGCUGUCAGAGCUUAUGAGAAGCAGAUGCGCCCACGUGCUAAAGAGGCCGUGGAAACUAGUAGACAGGCUGGGCACGAUGGUCAUUGCUACGCUAAGGUUGACAAGGAAGGGAGCUUUGCCCUUCUAGGCGAGAAGCCGGUCUAA